UUUUAUUUUGAAGGCAAACCGCAAAUUCCUCUAUAGUUGCUAAUCCUUAUUGUGGCUAGCGUCACACAGGUACCUCUUUCUGGCUAAAGUUAUCCACAAACUCUCGAUACAGUUUGAAUAUUUUUAAACCAGUUAGUUGGCGAAGCAAGACAUGCCGUUUUUCUAUGCAUGUAGUAACGCAAGUAGAAUUUACAUUUCGUGGGGAUUUGUGAACUACUGAAAGAAAGUAGCAAGGCUGUCAUCACCAUGUCGCAGACCACUCUGUUGGAAGAGGUGGUCCAGUGGAGUAAGGACACCUGUCGGCUGGAAGUCAAAUCCGUCCUCCCCAAACUCAUCUCCAUGCAUUAUAAGACAGAAAGCUGGGAAGAACGUAUACAUGUGCUGAAAAUCAUCACAGACAUGUUCUUGCCUCACCUCAGCCUGUCAGAGCUGGAAGACGAGUGUUUCUCCAAGGUCUUACCUAAGGUAGGGAAGAUGUUCAACACACUGAUGGAAGAGAUCACUAACCAAGUUGGAGGGCUGUCCAUUCAGAACACGGAAAUACACUCUCUUCUCAGGAACAUUCUACAGGUGAUGGUGCAGGUGUUGGAGGUGCUGUCUGGCUGUGUGCGUCAUGUCUGCUCGUUUGAGGAGGCUCCUGCCCUGGAUAGUAUCCGCUCCUUACCCUCCUGCAUCCUUAAGGUCCUCAGGAACACCUUCCAGCACUGCAAGGAGAGUGGGGAGGUGUACUGUGGGCGUCUGUCCCUGGUGGGAGACCUACUCCAGGGCCUGUUUAAAGAGGCUUACUCACUACAGAAAGGCCUGAUGGGACUAAUGGACAGGAUCUCCCUGGAGAACACAGCCUCAGAGGACGACGUCUCCGACAUCAUCACUGUGAUUCAUAGUCUCCUGGAUAUAUGCUCGGUUAUCUCAAACCUUGACAUCGCACUACAUGCCAACACAUGGAAAUUCAUUAUUAAGCAGUGUGUGAAGUAUGGAUCGUUGGUGGAGGAGCGGCUUCGUCACGGUGACAUCACAUCCUGUCUGUGUGAUGACCUGCUGGCAUCGUUCCACAGCUGCCUGGAACUGGCUGAGCAGAUCAGUCAGGCGGGGCCACAGCAGGUGGCACACAGCCCAGAAUACAAGUUGUUUCAGAAAACUACAAAGAUGUGCAGAUUUUUUGCCAACACAUUAGUUCAUUACAUAAAGGAAUUCAAGGCUUUUCUUUCUAAGUCUUGCAGACGUUUCCACCAACUCUACCUUCAAAUUGUCAGCAAGUUUCCUCCCAGCCUGUGUUCCCCGGUGCUCCCCUCCCCUCUGUCUGAGGAGCUGAACGGAGCAGUUCUGGUGCCCAUGGACGCUCUGCUCUCCCAGCUGCUCCCCCUCAGACCCUUCGCCGAGUCCGUCCUCAACCCCAGCCAGCACUUGAGUCCUGAGACAGAGUUACCCCAUUGCCUCCUGCUGGUGAGUGUCAUGGGUCAGUUCCCCUCCCAUCCAGAGGAGGCGCUGCAGCUGUGGUGUGACGGCAGCCACUUCCCUGAGGACACGCCCAGACUGCCUCUGUUCCGGGCCUUGUUCCAGAGCUUCAGGCGGUCCUGUACGGAACGGAGGGUUCCAGUCCUAUUGCCGGGGGUGAUGAUGAAGGGUCAAGCCCAGGGGAACGUGACCCUACAUCAUCACGUCUGUGUGAUGCUUUGUGCCUGUGUGGCAUCGCUGCCCCCAGAACACUUCCCCCUACUGGAGCGUAGUCUGUUGGAGGCUGUGCUGCAGCCUGACACCCAGACGGCCCUGCUGGCUACUGACGUGUGGUGCUUCAUAGCCCGGUAUGGUACAGCUGAACUGUGCUUACAUCACGGUCUCCUCACAGCUCAACUGGUGAAGUCGUGUGGUGGGGAGAGUUACCAGCUGUCCCACCUGUCUCUGCUGCUGAGACGCAUGGUGUUCCUCAUGACUCCUGAACACCAGAUGGAGUUGGUGGAGCGUUUCCCUCCCUCCCAGGAUGACAACCUCCCUGUAUGGUGUCACAUCCUCCUUAGAGCCCUGUCCCAUGAUGCCCGGCAGCGGGUCGAGGCAGACAUCAUCACCUUAACUAACACCACUGUGACAAACUGGCAAAAGGCUGGGUGCAAACUGGGACAAUUGGACAAAGUGAACAUAGCGCUGUUGUCCCUGCUGAUGGUGGUUCGAGGUGUAUCUCCAGAGGCAGAGUGUGAGUCGUCUGCACUGACGAUCAUCUCACAACUCUGGGUUGCCAUGUGUCCCAGUCAGGUGCAGAUCCACCCUAGCAUCCAGUGCACUCUGAAACUCCUCCUCUCCAUGUCAGCCAUCUUGGUGAAGAGUUUUGACCCACAGGUCAUCUGUCAGGCCCUUGUGUGUGUGGGAGCCAUGAUCUCUGAGAAGUGUCCUGAUGACCUGCUGCUGGCUGCUCUGGACUUCUUGGCCUCUCUAGGCAAGGUGUUUAUCCCACAUGAUAGCCAGAGCCAGGUGUUGCCCAGGCUGAGUGAUCUGUUUGGGGCCCUGCUAGCUGAGCGGUCCUGGCUAAUAAACCAACAUGCCCUGGAGGCCUUCGCUCACUUUGCAGAGGUCACCAAUCAUGAGGAGGUGAUCUCCCAGAGCUUGUCUUCAGAAGACACCAAAAACAAAGUGGUGAAUUUCCUCAGUAAGACUAUUAACGCACAGGAAACGGUGGAGACUCGGCUUGAGAGGUUAAGAUUGGAGACUCCUGUUCUUGAACGACACAACACCAUACUGGAGACCAAUGAGGAAACUGCUGCUGAGGUUUCAGUUGCAUCUACCGGUGAUGACCAGUCCACUACUGACACAGAGCCCUGUCCCAAGCGAGCACGGCAGGAAACCAGCGAUGAGGAGGAGUACAGCCGUUACCUCCAGACAGCUGAGAGUGCCCUGAGGGCCCUGCAGACGCUGGUAGAGGGGCGUGCCACCGACACCCCUGUCCCCCCUCCACAUUGGGUGACAUCCAGACUACAGGAGCUGCAGACUCUGAUAACCCAUAUCAGCACAGCCAACCCACCAAACCGCUAGUGAACUGGCCAUUUUUGUAUAAUUUCUUUUUUAGCUUUGUUAGAAAUCUGCCUGCGUUACCCCUUUUUAUAAAAUAGGGUUGUAUGGGGGAAAAGGGUCAGUCCUUAUUAAACAUGAAUCCCUUGAAUAUGGAGUCUCUAGUAAAUUGGGUGUGUCCAGACUGGAUUGACAAGAGGUUCAUGAUUGGCCUCUGCUGGUGAAUGUGACAUUACAAUCCCGUGGACCUCUACAGCACAAAUUCACUAGUUCUCAAUCAGACAAUAUUGCAAGUGAAGCUGCACUACACUGCAGAAUGGUAUUAUUUAAUCUAGGUCCAUUGUAGCCACUCAUGGGAUAAGACAAAGGCAGGAAAGAGCAUUAUGCUGCGGUCAUAACCAAGAGUUGUGAAAUCGCAAUUGAAUCGAGUGCGUUCAUGUUCUUGAACUGGGAAAUCAAGACCGAUCAGUGCUGGAAUUCUUAGCAAACAUGGGCCAUUAAAAAUCUUGGGAUUUUUUUGCUUGUAAA